AUGGCGAAGCCUCUGCAGUUCGCUCCGUUCAUCUCGGAGAUUGAGUUGCCUUUCUAUUCCGCCCUUUUUGCUUCAAAGCUUGACCACGAUAAGCUUGACGACUCAGCGCGAAGUGUUCUUGGUCUAUACGAACCACGAUACGAAGAGCCCGAGUCCAGCUGUCGCAUGCAAAUUCUAGGAAAUGCUCUCACAAGCAGCACUUCACCCUUAGCGGCCAUGAGAGCCGAGGGCAUCAUUAGAAACGUGAACACACUCGAGGAUUUCAAAAAUACAGACAAGGCUGCCAUGCUGAAGACUGCUGGUCGACAGGUAUGGGAUGCGAUCAAAGAUGGUAGUAUCUACUCUGUUCCAUCCCUUCUGUCUUCCUUUGUUAUACUUUCAUAUGCGGAUCUCAAGAAGUACAAGUUCACGUACUGGUUUGCAUUUCCAGCUCUACAUUCAGACCCAGUAUGGAAACGGUCAGGCCCAGUCGAACACUUGACCGCUCCAGAAACCAGAGCUCUUGUAGACAGAGUCGGAACUUGGAGAUAUAGUGUUGACGCCCGUGAGCGUGGUUUCUUCCUGGCGAAGAAGAUCCCCGGACGACCGGAGACAGACGACCCCGAUAGUCCCCAGGAACUCCCUUUCCACUGGGUAAUCGGCUCAUUGCGAGAAUUUGAAACUGGAUUCUUCGACCAAGUGCCCGAAGAGGACAGAUACGUUGCAUUUACUGACCCUUCAACCUACCCAGAGGCGCCCGGCUGGCCUCUACGCAACCUUCUAAUCCUCAUACGGCACCGCUUCCGCCUGACCAAGACUAAGGUUAUCUGCUACCGCGACACUUGGGCAAAGAGACACGAGCCCAAGAGUGUUAUUCUUCCCAUUGAGAUGGACCCCGUCGAGAACAUGCAGAUUACCGAAAUGCCCAAAGUUACUGGCUGGGCUCGGUCAAGCAACGGCAAGCUUCAGGCUCAACAAGUGAACCUGGGAGAUUAUAUGGAUCCUACGCGACUCGCUGAUAGCUCAGUUGAUCUGAAUCUGAAGCUCAUGAAGUGGAGGAUCGCUCCUAACCUGGACCUGGACACCAUUAAAAACACAAAGUGCCUACUCCUGGGUGCUGGCACACUGGGAAGUUACGUAUCGAGAAAUCUGAUGGGCUGGGGUGUUCGGAAAAUUACUUUUGUGGAUUAUGGACGAGUGUCGUUCUCCAAUCCUGUGCGCCAACCGUUGUUCACAUUCAACGAUUGUCUCGAAGGCGGAAAACCUAAAGCGCUCCGAGCGGCUGAGGCCUUGAAGGAGAUUUAUCCUGGUGUCGAUAGCGAGGGACAUUCGCUAUCGGUUCCUAUGCUUGGCCACCCAUUUACAGACGAAACAAAAACAAAAGAUGACUACCAGAAGCUAGAGAAGCUCAUCAACGAGCACGACGCCAUCUUCCUACUCAUGGAUUCGAGAGAGUCACGCUGGCUACCAACUGUUAUGGGCAAGGCCGCAGGCAAGAUUGUCAUGAAUGCUGCGCUGGGAUUCGAUUCGUACGUUGUUAUGCGACAUGGUUCCGAAAGUACUCCUGAAGGGAAAACCCCACUGGGCUGCUACUUCUGCAAUGAUGUUGUUGCUCCAGCAGAUUCACAAAAGGACCAGACUCUUGACCAACAGUGCACCGUCACAAGGCCUGGAGUUGCUCCAAUUGCCUCUGCACUUCUCGUGGAACUUUUGACAAGUUUGUUGCAGCAUCCCCUCGGUAAAGAUGCGCCAGCGCCUCAGCCAGCUUCAGGAGUGACUCCAGAGAGGGACCCUCCCGAUCAUGCUCUAGGACUAGUUCCUCAUCAAAUCAGAGGUUAUGCUUCUACUUUCCAGCAGAUUGUCAUUCGUGGCCAGUCGUACGACUGCUGUAGCGCAUGCAGCCCCAAGAUCCUGAACGCCUAUCGCAAUGAUGGUUGGGGAUUCGUGAAGAGGGCGUUGCAAGAGAAGGAAUAUGUGGCGGAGCUGUCAGGUUUGGCUGAAGUCCAGCGAAGAGCAGAGGAGAUGGCCGGUCAGGUUGACUGGGAGGAAGAUGAUGACCUUGUUGAAGACGGUGACGGAGAACUUAUUUAG